AUGGCGAUUGUAUCCACUUCGUCGGCUAGGAUUGUUCCACGUUGCUUUAGAAGUCGUGCAAGCUUUAUUUCUUUAUUCUUUCGCCAGUUUAGUGAACAGGCACCAGAGGACGAAUUUACACUUACUUACUUAGAUGGAGAGCAAGCAGGAAUUGCAGUUAUGUCAAUGAGAAGAUUUCGUUACAAAAAUGCCAUGGGACGAAACAUUAUUCAAAAGUUUCUUGAUUCUAUGCAAGAGGUUAAAUUUAAUAAUAGCAUUCGAGUGGUUGUACUUCGAAGUGAAGUCCCAGGAGUCUUCUGUGCAGGGGCUGACUUGAAGGAAAGGCUAGAAAUGAAAAAUGAUGAGGUGGCUGGGUUUGUGGCAAAGCUGAGGUUCUCUUUAUCAGAACUCUAUAACCUGCCGAUGCCUACAAUAGCUGCACUUGAUGGAGCGGCUUUAGGGGGUGGGCUGGAAAUGGCCCUUGCUUGUGACAUGAGAGUGGCAGCCUCUAAUGCUAAAAUAGGCUUGAUAGAGACAAGUCGUGGACUCAUUCCUGGGGCUGGAGGCACGCAACGCCUUCCUCGAGUUGUAGGUCCUGCUAUUGCCAAGGAGUUGAUUUUUACCAGUAGAGUUUUGGAUGGAUGGCAGGCAAAAGAGCUUGGUGUUGUCAACCAUUGUGUGGAGCAGAACGAUGAGGGAGAUGCUGCAUACAAUCGGGCUCUGGAACUGGCAGAGGAGAUUCUACCACAAGGACCUGUUGCCUUGAGAAUGGCCAAGUCUGCUGUCAACAGAGGUCUUGAGGUGGAAAUUGAGGCAGGGCUUAGAUAUGAAGAAGCAUAUUAUGCUCAGGUCAUACCAACACAAGACAGGAUAGAGGGCAUGCUGGCUUUUAAAGAAAAACGGAGGCCAAAAUUUAAGGGUUGCUAA